AUGGCUUCCCCGCCGAGCUCCGGGCAGCCCCGGCCGCCGCCGCCGCCCGCGCGCCUGCUGCUGCCCCUGCUGUUGUCGCUGCUGCUGUCGUUGCCGCCCGGGGCCUGGGGCUGGGCGCGGGGCGCCCCCCGGCCGCCGCCCAGCAGCCCGCCGCUCUCCAUCAUGGGCCUCAUGCCGCUCACCAAGGAGGUGGCCAAGGGCAGCAUCGGGCGCGGCGUGCUCCCCGCCGUGGAGCUAGCCAUCGAGCAGAUCCGCAACGAGUCACUCCUGCGCCCCUACUUCCUGGACCUGCGACUCUAUGACACGGAGUGUGACAAUGCGAAGGGAUUGAAAGCCUUCUAUGAUGCAAUAAAGUACGGACCUAACCAUUUGAUGGUGUUUGGAGGCGUCUGUCCAUCUGUCACAUCUAUCAUCGCUGAGUCCCUCCAAGGCUGGAAUCUGGUGCAGCUCUCCUUCGCUGCCACCACGCCUGUUCUUGCGGAUAAGAAGAAGUAUCCAUAUUUCUUCCGGACCGUGCCCUCAGACAACGCGGUGAACCCAGCCAUCCUGAAGCUGCUGAAGCACUUCCGCUGGCGGCGCGUGGGCACACUCACGCAGGACGUGCAGCGCUUCUCUGAGGUGAGGAAUGACCUGACUGGGGUCCUAUACGGGGAGGACAUCGAGAUCUCAGACACGGAGAGCUUCUCCAAUGACCCCUGCACCAGUGUCAAAAAGCUCAAGGGGAACGACGUGCGGAUCAUCCUUGGCCAGUUUGACCAGAACAUGGCAGCGAAAGUCUUCUGUUGUGCCUUUGAGGAGAGCAUGUUCGGCAGCAAAUACCAGUGGAUCAUCCCGGGUUGGUAUGAGCCGGCGUGGUGGGAGCAGGUACACGUGGAAGCCAACUCGUCACGCUGCCUGCGCAGGAGCCUCCUGGCUGCCAUGGAGGGCUACAUCGGAGUGGACUUCGAGCCCCUGAGCUCCAAACAAAUCAAGACCAUCUCAGGGAAGACUCCACAGCAAUACGAAAGAGAAUACAACAGCAAGCGCUCAGGCGUGGGGCCCAGCAAGUUCCAUGGGUAUGCCUACGAUGGUAUCUGGGUCAUUGCCAAGACACUGCAGAGGGCCAUGGAGACACUGCACGCCAGUAGCAGGCACCAGCGGAUCCAGGACUUCAACUACACAGACCACACCCUGGGCAGGAUCAUCCUCAAUGCCAUGAAUGAAACCAACUUCUUUGGCGUCACGGGUCAAGUUGUGUUCCGGAACGGGGAGAGAAUGGGAACCAUUAAAUUUACUCAAUUUCAAGACAGCAGAGAAGUGAAGGUGGGCGAGUACAACGCAGUGGCUGACACACUGGAGAUCAUCAACGACACCAUCAGGUUCCAGGGGUCAGAGCCACCCAAGGACAAGACCAUCAUCCUGGAGCAGCUGCGGAAGAUCUCCCUCCCACUGUAUAGCAUCCUGUCAGCUCUCACCAUCCUCGGCAUGAUCAUGGCCAGCGCCUUCCUCUUCUUCAACAUCAAGAACCGGAACCAGAAGCUGAUCAAGAUGUCAAGCCCCUACAUGAAUAACCUCAUCAUCCUCGGCGGGAUGCUGUCCUACGCAUCUAUCUUCCUCUUCGGCCUCGAUGGAUCCUUCGUCUCAGAAAAGACUUUUGAAACGCUCUGCACGGUCCGGACCUGGAUUCUCACCGUGGGCUACACAACUGCCUUUGGGGCCAUGUUUGCAAAGACCUGGAGAGUCCAUGCCAUUUUCAAAAAUGUGAAGAUGAAGAAGAAGAUCAUCAAAGACCAGAAGCUGCUUGUGAUAGUGGGGGGCAUGCUGCUGAUCGACCUGUGCAUCCUGAUCUGUUGGCAGGCCGUGGACCCCCUGCGGAGGACGGUGGAGAGGUACAGCAUGGAGCCGGACCCAGCAGGCCGGGACAUCUCCAUCCGCCCACUGCUGGAACACUGCGAAAACACCAACAUGACCAUCUGGCUGGGCAUCGUCUAUGCCUACAAGGGGCUCCUCAUGUUGUUUGGCUGCUUCUUAGCGUGGGAAACCCGCAACGUAAGCAUCCCCGCCCUCAAUGACAGCAAGUAUAUCGGCAUGAGUGUGUACAACGUGGGGAUCAUGUGCAUCAUCGGGGCUGCCGUCUCCUUCCUGACACGUGACCAGCCCAACGUGCAGUUCUGCAUUGUGGCCCUGGUCAUCAUCUUCUGCAGCACAAUCACACUGUGCCUGGUGUUUGUGCCAAAGCUCAUCACUCUGAGGACAAACCCUGACGCAGCCACUCAGAACAGGAGAUUCCAGUUCACACAGAACCAGAAGAAAGAAGAUUCAAAGACCUCCACUUCAGUCACCAGCGUGAACCAGGCAAGCACGUCACGCCUAGAGGGACUGCAGUCAGAAAACCACCGCCUACGGAUGAAGAUCACAGAGCUGGACAAAGACUUGGAAGAAGUCACUAUGCAGCUACAAGACACACCAGAGAAGACCACGUACAUCAAACAGAAUCACUACCAAGAGCUCAACGACAUCCUCAGCCUGGGCAACUUCACAGAGAGCACAGAUGGAGGAAAGGCCAUUCUGAAAAAUCACCUCGACCAAAACCCCCAGCUCCAGUGGAACACAACGGAGCCCUCUAGAACAUGCAAAGAUCCCAUAGAAGACAUCAACUCGCCGGAGCACAUCCAGCGUCGGCUGUCCCUCCAGCUCCCUAUCCUCCACCACGCCUACCUCCCAUCCAUUGGAGGCGUGGACGCCAGCUGUGUCAGCCCCUGUGUCAGCCCUACCGCCAGCCCCCGCCACAGACAUGUGCCACCCUCCUUCCGAGUCAUGGUCUCGGGCCUGUAGAGGUGGGAGGCCUGGGGCCGGGGCCUCCCCCGGGACAGCACCAUGCUGGGCCAAGGCACCUGCCACUGGCACACUGACAGUGAGAAGUUGGGCGCCACGCUGCUUCUCCAGACUGCUGGAAUGGCGCUCAGGCAGAGAGGGACUCGGCACCGA